GAUCCUUGGCAACUUGAUUUACAAAUGGCGGACAGCGAGGAUUAUCGCUGAGAUCUAUUGACAGAUUUUAUUUAUUGAUUUAGUUUAGAUAACUAUUUAAAAUGAAGUAUAAUCAACAAAACAUUUUAUUCUAACUUUGCAAGUUUUGAUGCUACACGCUCUGUCUAUGCUUUAAUGUCGUAACGGAAAACGGGCACCUGCUAGAUAUCCGCCAAAUCUGAGAUGUCGACGACAGCCACAACCCCCACUGUGGCUACUUCUGGGAAGCUGGACACGACUAAGACGCCAGACCUGAUGAAAUCCUCACGGAGUAAAACCCCGGACAAAGAAAAAACAGAAUCUUCAAUGAGGGUGACAUUUUUGUUGACUCCAGCAAUUUUGUCUGUGUCAAAAAAGCUUAAAACAAAACGAGAAAAACAAUUACAAAAGUUGAAGGCUAUAUCUAUUGAUAACAAGCUUGAAAACCGGCUCACAAUGAAAGACUUGGCCAAACUUCAGAAAGCUUUCAUG